CGGGCGCGGAGCGGGGCCGGCGCGGGUGCGGGGCUGUCCCGGGCGGCGCGCGCGGAAACCGGGUGCGAGCGGAGAGUCCCCUGGCCCGGAGGCACACCCGCGGGUAGACGCGGCCCCGACCUCUCUGCACCUGCUCCUGCGGCGGUGCUGCGCGCGCUGUAAAUUCACAGCACGGGGUGAGAGAGAGGCUCAAGUCCAGGGAACGCCUUGCCGCCGCCCGCACCCGGAGUCUCCUGCUCAGGGGGCACAGCUGUCUCGUCGAGAAGUCGCUUCACAGGCUGGCUGGGCCUAACUGUGGUUUCCCACUUCAUGGGGGAACCCGAGCGGAGAGAAUUACCCAGAAAUGGAGGCCGCUGUUUCCUUUUGAAAAGGGCCGGCAAGAAGGAUUCGAGCCAAGGAUUCAAGUUGGGAAGGCAUCCCGAUGUCUUGUCUGCCUUAGUGGGAAUUCUCUGUGGCCUUAGCUCUGUCCCCAAGGACAAGGGCUCUGUGUUUUCACCAUCUGUGCUGGCUAGCAAGAACCGUUAGCAAGUUCAAGAUUGAGCCUUCCGUGUUCUUUCCAUCAAGCGCUUGAAAACAGUGGCAGGGCCUUUAACGGCUAGAUCUAGUCCCGGAGAUGCCAAAGCCGUUGUGAGGCAUCCGUUUUGGAAGGCAAGGAAUCCAAAACUUCUGAAAGAACAGCUGCAGUUGCUGGUCAUUUGGUUGACCUUUUUAAUGAUCAAUUGAGGACCACAGUAAUGAAGACUCACUUCCAAGAUAUUAAGAAUGAAAGUGGGGUUGUUGGAAAUGUGAUAAAUCCAACAAAAGCCAGGGGAGUUGCAAAUGUGAGGUUCAAAGGAAAAAAAGAGAAUGUCAACAGAAAACAGGAACACUGUCAGGUAGAAAAGUCUGGAUCUACUCAGUUCACAGACCCUCAUUUCAGUGAAAAGGUCUUCAGCUCUGUGGAAGCUAUCCUCGAUCUUUCUGUUUUUCGGAGUCAAGUCCCUCUAGAAAGUCUGGUAAUGGAUCUAAAAAGGAAAAUCCCAACUUUACGCUUCAGUCCUUUGGAGCCUAAUGGAAGAAUCUCCGUCCAAGGAUCAUUUCUGGCUAUCCAGAAGCUCAAAGAAUCUUUGCUAUUAAAAGCAAGUUUUCUUUUAGAAAAAAAUGGGAAUUUUAUCAGUGAGGGGAAAAGGCCGAAUAGGCAGAACCCCAGAAGGCAUCUCCAGAGAAGAAGCUCCUCAGAGUCGCUCAGGUCCUCAGUACCCGAGGCCACCAGGAGAGGAGAAACGCUUGUUCUUGACACAGAUAUUUUCCUCUACCUCAAAAAGAGCAGAUUUUACAAAAACACAUUGAAAACCUGUCAUGUUUUCUGUGAGGAAAGAGUGGAUGGUGAAAUUACCACAAUUUGUAUAAAAAAUGCUCAAGAAUGUUCUCAGCCAAACAAUGAAAAGGUUGUAAAAGCACUUUUUGAGGAAUAUUCACUUGCUCUUCACUUUGAACUGAGAAAGGAGACACUCACUUUGAAAGGAAAGGGAAGUAAAGAUAAAAGAAAUAUUAAACUGGCAUGUGAACAACUCAGUUCAAGGUUCCCUCAGGUUCAGAUUAAUUUUUAUGAGACACACAUUGACAUUAUAGGAUCAUCUUCUGACACAAACUUGUUUAAAAAAGAGGUCACGGAAUUAAUAAGGUUAGAAAGUUAGACCAUGAGAUCUCAGCAGUAGUAAUGACAAUGGCAGUUGCUUUUCCUCACAGAGUAGUGAGCAGUGUCUGACUAGCUUUACACACAUUAUCUCAUUUAAUCCUUGCAACCAUCCUUCAGUGUAGACAUUGCUAUCCUCAUGUUGUAGGGGAAGAACCUAGGAUUUGGAGAGGUUAAAACUUUUGUCUGGAGUUAUCCAGUGGGCAAGGAAUGGGGCUGGGGUUAAAGUCGGCCUAUCUGACUACAAAAAUAAUAUUUAAGGCUUAAAACUUUGAAAAAAAAAUCUCUUUAAGUUUGGAGAAAUCUCACUUUCUCUGUACCCCCAAAUUCUCAGAAAGAGAAAUAGCCUUAAAUCUAACACAGAUGAUGUUUGGAUGAUUGUUAUGCCUUUGGCCAUUUCAUAGCAUUUACUCCAAAUAGUUUGUUUACUCCAAAUAGAAUUAGAAUGCUGGCAAAACUCACUGGAGGAGCUACUUUGAUUGAAAGUACUUCUGAAGCAGGUAAUCAUUACUUGACUAAAUCUGAUUGGUACAAGGCUGCUGGACCAUGUGGGACAUUUUUAUUGUUGCUUAUUUAGCCUAAGUACCUACAUAAAAUGCUGGUUCUCUUAGAAUUGUGAAGAAUUACAAAGUAUAGUGUCUUUUUUCUUUAUUCCCCCCCCCUUUAUUUUAUAAUUACAUGGCUAAAGUAAUAGCAUUUGAGGAAUAAAAACGUAGGUGUUUCCUUAAAGAUGACAGAAGGAUUUGAAAAUUCAUUACUGGAGAAGGGAAAACAAGAGCUUUUAAGUUAUUUGGUUGUCUAUGACUCCCCUGAAUUUAACUUUGGGAUAGUUUCAAGUGCCUGGGGCACAUUAUCCUAGGAUAAUAAAAUGUAUACAUCUUGCUCAUCUCAAAGUAAAUAAAUGUGGGGGCGCCUGGGUGGCUCAGUGGGUUAAGCCUCUGCCUUCAGCUCAAGUCAUGGUCUCAGGGUCCUGGGAUCGAGCCCCGCA